AUGGCGGCGGGGCCGGGUACCGAGGCUCUGGCCUUCCGGCAGCUGCGGGACCUCGUCGCGACCCAGGAGGCGCUAAUAGAGCGGCUGCGGCUCCGGAUAGCAAUACAGGAGGAGAAUUUUGUAUGUAAGGAGGAUUAUGAGGCUGUUGUAAAGAAGUUGGAGAAAGAAGAGGAGGAGCACUCAAAGACCAAAAUCCUGCUUGCCAAGGAAGCUGAGAAGCUGCAGUUUGCGCUCGGGGAGAUUGAGGUUUUGUCCAAGCAGCUUGAAAGAGAGAAACAAGUCUUUGAAAAAGCACUUUCCAACGUUAAGAGCAAAGCGCUAAGAGAAUCCACCAAAAAAGACAAGCUAAUAAGCAAAUGCAAUGAAAUCGAGAGCCAUAUUAUGAAACAGGAGGAUCUCCUGAAUGACAAAGAGAAUGAAAUUAAGGAGCUGCAGCAGUUCAUCACCAAGCAGAAGCAAACACUCAAGACUCAAGUGUCAGACUUAAAAAUACAGAAACAACAGGAAAGUUACAUAGCGCAAGUGCUGGAAAAGAAACAGAAGAAGGGUUUAAAGUGACUAUAUUAAACAUUACACUACAAUCCAUGUAUCCCCUCGAUACACAACCACUGUAAAGAUUCUAGUGCCCACCGUUACUGCAGUGG